UUGUGUGUUUCGUCUCACGUUCUUAUCAUGUGCUGAUCUGCUGGUAUGGCCGUAACGUCAGAGCACACUAAGCGUUUAUCCGACACAAAUCUAACUAGUCUUUUCUCGUGGUUUUCCUGUCUCUACUACUCCAUUCCGUUUCACACAGACAACCCCAACUAUUCAAUCCCUUUCUAAUUUGGUACACGCAAUCCCCUCCACGCAAUCUGCCAACCUUAGCAGCAGUUUAAACUCUCUCCUCACUCAGUCAAAGGCAACGUGAACUAAAGGAAAAUCCACAUUCUUCAACAUGUUGGAAUCCCUCACAAUGGUGUUCUUCUAACAAAUGAAUCUAAUUAGUUAUUGCAUGCAUGCAAUAACGUCUUCGAAACAAGUCACAAUUACAUUUGCUAUAAAUGGAGCAAAUUGACCACAAUCUUUGCUGUUGCAUUUAUUGGUUGCCAUGGUGAAGACUGGAUAGUCCUAAUUCGAGAGCGAGCAAUCUUCACACAAUCUGCUGGAUCAACCAGAUUUAUCCGAAGGGACCACCUUAAGGAAACCGGCUUCGAGAUCGUAACAUCCCUGGAAUCACUCAAGAAAUGAUGACUUAAGUUUGAAAAGAUGGAUUUUGGAAAUUCUGGAUUUAUCCAUAUUCAUUGAUGAACAUUUUCUCACUUUUGCUUUUAAAUUUGUCUCAACCUUCCAUCGCAAUGCUUUCCUGAACUUCAAGAACACUUGUGUAAGAUGAUUUUCCUACUGGGGCUAAUGGUCUUACUGACAGCGGGAAAUGUUUUCAGGAACUUUGACUUCAGCGUCUCAGCCCAGUCAGGGGAGCGAAGGGUGGUUGCUCACCAACCAGGGGACAUCAUCAUUGGGGCUUUAUUCUCCGUUCACCACCAACCACCUGCGGACAAGGUCCACGAGAGGAAAUGCGGCGCCAUAAGGGAGCAAUAUGGCAUUCAGAGAGUUGAAGCCAUGCUGCAUACGCUUGAGCGCAUCAACGCGGACCAAAUGUUGUUACCAAACAUAACCUUAGGAUGUGAAAUUAGGGACUCUUGCUGGCAUUCCGCGGUGGCUCUUGAGCAAAGCAUUGAGUUUAUAAGAGACUCUCUUAUCUCCAAUGAGGAAGAGGAGGGAAUAGUGCGUUGCGUUGACGGAACUACCGUACCGUUCAGAGCCAAAAAACCCAUCGUUGGAGUUAUCGGGCCUGGCUCCAGCUCUGUGGCUAUUCAAGUGCAGAACCUCUUACAGCUUUUCAACAUACCUCAAAUUGCAUACUCUGCUACAAGCAUGGAUUUAAGCGAUAAAACGUUGUUUAAGUAUUUUGUAAGAGUGGUGUCAUCUGACGCCCGCCAAGCUCGUGCCAUGGUUGACAUUGUGAAGAGAUACAACUGGACCUACAUCUCCGCUAUACACACAGAAGGUAAUUAUGGAGAAAGUGGCAUGGAAGCUUUUAAAGAGAUGGCAGCUAAGGAGGGAAUCUGCAUUGCUAAUUCCUACAAAAUCUACAGCAAUGCUGGGGAGCAGAACUUUGAUAAGCUUUUGAAGAAGCUACGCAGUCAACUCCCAAAGGCCCGAGUUGUGGCUUGCUUUUGUGAGGGCAUGACUAUUAGAGGGCUGCUAAUGUCCAUGAGGCGACUUGGAUCAUUGGGAGAGUUCCAGCUGAUUGGCAGUGAUGGCUGGGCAGAUAGGUAUGAUGUGACAGAUGGCUACCAGCGAGAGGCAGCUGGAGGCAUAACAAUCAAACUCCAAUCUCCUGAUGUAACGUGGUUUGAUGAUUACUACCUUGAGCUGCGGCCAGAAUCCCACUUCAGUAAUCCCUGGUUCCCGGAGUUUUGGCAACAUAGAUUUCAGUGCAGGCUGGAAAAUCAACAACAGGAAAAUUUUGAAUAUAACAGGACCUGUGAUGGAACAGAAUCAUUACACGAUCAAUAUGUACAAGACACCAAAAUGGGAUUUGUGAUAAAUGCCAUUUAUUCAAUGGCCCACGCUUUACACAACAUGCAACAAAGCCUGUGUCCUGGAGUUAAUGGGCUGUGUGAAGCCAUGAAACCAAUUGAUGGGAGAAUACUGUUGGACUUCCUUAUGAAAAUCAACUUCACUGGAGUAUCUGGAGAUGUUAUCUCUUUUGAUGAAAAUGGUGAUUCACCAGGAAGGUAUGAAAUAAUGAAUUUUAAAAAGCUGGGAAAAGAAUAUUUUGAUUAUAUUAAUGUUGGAAGCUGGGACAAUGGAGAGCUGAAAAUGGAUGAUGAUGAAAUCUGGUCCAAUAAGAAUCUUGUUGUCCGAUCUGUCUGCAGUGACCCAUGUGAAAAGGGGGAAAUAAAAGUAAUCAGGAAAGGAGAGGUGAGCUGCUGCUGGACCUGUACUCCAUGUAAGGAAAAUGAAUUUGUGUUUGAUGAGUACACCUGCCAGGCAUGUCUGCUCGGCUCUUGGCCAACAAAAGAUCUCAGAGACUGUGAAAGGAUUCCUGUGAAGUACCUCAGGUGGGGAGAUCCUGAGCCAAUUGCUGCCGUUGUCUUUGCCUGCCUGGGACUUCUUGCCACCAUGUUUGUAAUGUUUAUAUUUAUGGUGUACCGGGAUACUCCUGUGGUCAAGUCAUCCAGCCGGGAACUUUGCUACAUCAUUCUCGUGGGAAUCUUUCUUGGCUACCUGUGUACCUUCUCUCUCAUCGCCAAGCCUCAAAAGAUUUACUGUUACCUUCAGAGAAUUGGAAUUGGUCUGUCUCCUGCGAUGAGCUACUCUGCACUUGUGACAAAAACCAAUCGGAUUGCAAGGAUCCUUGCUGGGAGCAAGAAGAAGAUCUGCACCAAGAAGCCCAGGUUUAUGAGUGCUUGUGCACAGCUAGUAAUUGCCUCAAUGCUGAUAUGUAUUCAGUUAGGGAUAAUUGUUUCCCUGUUUAUAAUGGAGCCACCAGAGGUCGUCUAUGAUUACCCAACUAUCCGAGAUGUCAAGCUGAUAUGUAACACCACCAACAUAGCUGUGGUUGCUCCUCUUGGAUAUAAUGGCCUGUUGAUUUUAAGCUGUACCUUCUAUGCUUUUAAAACUCGGAAUGUCCCUGCUAAUUUCAAUGAAGCCAAAUACAUUGCAUUUACCAUGUACACCACCUGUAUCAUAUGGCUUGCCUUUGUACCCAUCUACUUUGGAAGCAACUACAAGAUCAUUACCAUGUGUUUCUCUGUUAGUCUAAGUGCUACAGUGGCACUGGGCUGUAUGUUUGUUCCAAAAGUCUACAUCAUUCUGGCUAAACCUGAACGGAAUGUGCGCAGCGCAUUUACCACAUCCACUGUUGUCCGAAUGCAUGUUGGUGAUGGGAAGUCAUCCUCUGCUGCUAGCCGCUCCAGCAGUUUGGUAAAUUUAUGGAAAAGAAGAGGAUCAUCUGGAGAGACUCUAAGUUCAAAUGGAAAAUCUGUAACCUGGGCUCAAAAUGAACGCAUUUCUCGAGGUCAUCACCUGUGGAAGAGGCUUUCUGUUCACAUAAAGAAGAAAGACAAUACAUCUAAACAAUCUGCUCUCAUUAAACCCUUCUCCAAGAGUUCUGAGAGUCGGCACAGCACACACAGCUAUCCAGAAGCAAAUAUUAAAGGACUGUAUGAUGUCUCUGAGGCUGAGGAACAUUAUCCAGUCCGGUAUGUACCACAAACACCUUCACCUAUUAGUAUUGUGAGCCACAGAGCUGGUUCUGUCAGCCGGGCAGAGAAGGAAAUACCCACGUUCCAGUCUGAGCACAUGCAGAGAAGCAGUUCUUCCCAAGGUUCUCUAAUGGAGCAAAUCAGCAGUGUGGUGAACCGCUUCACAGCCAACAUCAGUGAGCUGAAUUCCAUGAUGCUUUCAUCAGCUCCUUCAGGGGUUAUUGGUGCAUCUCCCAUCUGUUCUUCAUACCUGCUCCCUAAGGAGAUACAGCUGCCUACACCAAUCACAACAUUUGCAGAUAUCCAACCUCUCCCGGCUAUUGAAGUGAAUGGACGAUCACAGCCUGCAAGUGCUGUUUCAAAUGCAAGCGUCAAAGAUGGCACCUCGGAGACUUCAGUGGUCAAAACAGAUUUUGAGGAGCUUGUAGCGCUUACUCCUCCUUCACCUUUCAGAGACUCAGUUGAUUCAGGGAGUGGUUCACCCAAUUCUCCUGUAUCAGAAUCAGCACUUUGCAUCCCAUCAUCUCCUAGAUAUGACACUCUUGUUCUGCGUGACUAUACUCAAAGCUCUUCAUCUCUGUGAAUGUAUAAUGUACAUUAAUUUAAAAGUGAGUUGAAGCUAAUAAGAAAUCUACAAACUUUAAUCAAUUUUACUCCAAACAUCAUUUUGUUUUAUUCAUGUCAAUGAAUAUUGGCAUUUAUUCUGCAUGGUUGAAGAUGGGAUUACUCUGAAUGUUGGAAUCAAAAUGAAUUUCACAAGCAUUUUGAGAACAACCUGUUGGUAGAAAACUGUCUGCAGUGGCCUUAAACCUGGUGGGUUCUUUUCACGUGGAAUUUUAUUUGUAUUUAGAUUGAGAGCUGGGAAGAGAAUGACACGGCUAGUUAGUAUGAAUUGCCAAGUGUAUUACUGACAAUGACAACCAUUUAAAGAAAAGACAUGAUUGCAGGUAAAGUUGACUGCAAGACUUCAGCAAUCUAUUGCAAAGAUUGCUAUUUCCUAUCUCAAUGGUGUGAAACUGCAAAACCUCUCAAAAGGUUGAGACCAAAAAUGAAUGUAAGUUUGUGGAUGAGGGUUGUAGCAUUCAGGACCAAAAGGACUUACAAUUUUGUAUGAAAGAAUUGAGGUGGUCUUUGUGGAGGCAAAAUAUCUAUUACCAACACGUUAAACAACUGUAAAAGAAAAAUGUAAGCUACAUUAUAUGAAACAUAUCAUCUUGCACUAGAAGCAGAAUGGUUAAGUUGCAGUAUCCCUUAUUCUUGGCUCUUAGACUGCUUUCACCAGUCAAAAUUGCAUGUUUAUAAGUAACAUUAAGACUUUCAAUAGAAAUUUUAAAAAUAAGUAUUUCUCAUUGUUCAGUGAUCUAUGUUUUACCCAUUUUCUUGUGAUUGGAAUACUUCACCAAUUUUAUACAUUAUUUAUAAUUUUACAAACAAUUUAAUCAUUCUUCAUAAUUUUAUGGGCUCUUGUAGCUAGCGUCAAAUUGUGUAGUUGAAUUUCAUUGCAUAAUAUCAUUUACUGUAGUAAAUUUAAUUGAAUUUGCCACCAACAAUCCAUGUUUUACUUAAAAACAUGAAAAAAAAAUCACAUGGGUACUCUGAGGUUAAGUUUAUGAGCUCGUAGGUAUGAGAUAAUGCAUGACAGAAUUUUCUCAUUGCUCGAAUCACAAUGAUAUGUUCAUUUUAGGACUCCAUUUUUAAAAACUGCUAUUUUUACUGCACCUUUAAUUUAUCUGCUUAUAUUAAAUAUUAAAACUUAUGAGGAGGGGUAGUAUUUGUAUGAAAAACAUGUAAAUAGCUUAAUCCCAUUGUCAAUAAUGUAUAUAUUAUUAUUCAGGUAAAGGUGUCAUUUAAACUUUUAAUACUACUACAUGGUCAUAUUGGAAUAAGAUCUAUAGUGUUCAUUUAACUGUGAUUGUACUAGUAACUAAUAUUUUAUUCACUUUAUAUGGUAAUUUUAAUUUUAGCUUUAUUCUUAUUAUGGUGGUGGAUCAGAAGAAAAGAAUACUCAAGGCAGGGCAAUCAUUUGGAACAUGGGCUUCAUGUAAUUAGGCUGUAUGAAGAAUAUCUGAGUAAAUAUUUCAAUCAGUUAUUUUCUGGUAUAUGUUCUUCAUGGAUACAGUAGAUUGCUAGCCUAACACAUUUGUUCUCAUGAUUUUUAGCACUGGUGUGAAAAGUUAUCAGACAUUGCAUUUUAUGAAAUUUCACUUUCGUUUUUGACAAAAAACUACAAACAAGUUUUUCUCUGGUGAAAAGGAAAACGCUACAAUUAGAUGUUUUAAAAGUAUUUCAGCAAUCAGUUAAUUGACAGUGCCAACAAAAGGGAUACUGCAGCUUUAAACAACUCCCAUGUCACAUGUAAAUGUUUUAAAUAAUGCAAAAAAGUCUUCAGAUUCAUGAUAAACAUGAAUAUUCAUAUUAAUUGAGAAAUUGUAUAUACUGAGGUAUACAUUCACAGGUUUCUUUGAAUGUGCAUGAAAGAUGCACAUGUGUUGGUACAUAGUGAAAUGAACAUGGUUUAUGGAUAUAUCAUAAUUAUCAGCAAAUUCCAAACAAUGCAAAAAAAAACCUUCAGCAGUUUGCUCAGUGUUUAAUUUUAUUGGGGACAGUAGUUUGGUUGAAACACGAGAUAUUACAAAGAUAGGUAUGAUUAUAAUUUUGUUGCAGAUUUGCAGUUAAAGUUUACUGUAAUUUGCCCAGACCCAGAAUGAUGACAUCUUGACUAUCACAGUUUUAAAGAACUUGAGUAACUUUCUUCAAACAUCUUUGCCUUCAUAAGCUUAUGCUGUCUGUUUUCUUUUAAUGAAGGAUUAGCCCAGUGAAGACAAAUCAUGUUUUCUUAUAGACAUUGAAGUGUUCCAUUACUUUAACUGUUGGCUCACAGAGAAGGUAUCAUCAUUUUUACCAGUUCCUUGCAUUCAUUCAAAUAGAUAGUAGACAGUUAUGACUCAGGAUUUAAGAACAUCCUGGGAAAUUCUUAACAAAUAAGAACCAUGAACGGAAAAUAUUGGUAUCAGCAGGUCAGAAAAUAGUAGGGAGAGCAGAUUUAUAAUGUUUCAGAUUUCAGCCCUAAUUCAAACACAGUCAAGUUUUGAAGCAAUGUCUGUACCCCAAAAUAAGAACUGAUGUGUGUUCUCCAUGGAUCCCGUUGACUUGCUGAGCAUUUCCAGCAUUCUCUAUUUUUGUCCCAGAUUUCCAGCAUUUGCUGUUUUUGGUCUUUGUUUACUUAGGUAAAUGUUUAUUUUCAAUAUAAACCUAUUUGUACAAUCUGUUGACACUACCUUUAUUUUAAAAUGUCUCUGACAAGUUCACACACAGAACGUGAUGUUUCAUAUCAACCAAUCAGUUUUAUGCUUCUUCCUUUGUAAUAACUUGAUCUGUUUCUGCUACAAUAAUGCAUGUAAUUGCUAUUGAUUAUAUUUCAUUGAUCAUAAGUUUACACUUUCCUGAACCUGUUUUUGGUCACCCAUCUUUUAUCCAGCUCUCAAAUCCCCUUCCAUAUAUCUCUCCAGUUUUGAAUCUAGUGCAUUACUUUGAUGCUCAAUGUAAACAUUAUUGUGUUUCCAAGCAAGAUAUCUUGCUAGGGGGUAGAACAAGCUGUUUCCAUUCCUUUUUCUCUUUUUUUUUUGUUUCAGUGCUUUUCACAUAAUGAUGUUUCUUGCCAGUUGCUUGAUCUGUUGCUGGACAAGAUGAUAUCAUAAUAAAUGCUCUUCUCUCACACAUCUACAGAAAUAACCCGAUUAUAUUUGUAGACUCUAUGUGAUGUAGGAGCUCUUAUAUUCUAGUGAGUGAAAAGCAAUAAUGAAUUUUGAAGGUGUGCAUUCCUGAAUGAGUCCAGUACAGCAUGUAUCAUGUGAUACUGUGAAAUUAUUUAUUAUGAUAUUGAACACAAUAAACUUGUUUAGUCACAAAAACUAACUCAGAUGUUGGCUGGAGUAGCAGGAAUUAUUGUAUCUCUAAGUGUGCUGAAAUGUUUCUUCACCAUAAAUCAAAAAUAGCGCUGUAUCCUCUCCAAGAUAUAUUGGGUAAAAUAAAUAGUUCAUAUCCUAUAUACUACUGAAAAAAAUUGUUUCCUUUUCAUAGUUAAUUUACGAUUCUGUGGUAACAAAUAAUUAUCUUAUAUACAACAUAGGAAUGCAUUAUUGACCCCCAAAUUUAACAAAGACUGAAUUCUUAAACAAGAGUUGAACAACAGCUGACACAAACAGUAUUAUUGCACACCUCCCAAUUCAUUACUGUAUAAAGUUCAACUAUACGGUAGAACAGAAAGUUUACAUAUCCAGAAGUUUAGAGGUGAAGAAAUUCUGGAUGUGAGUUUGCUCGCUGAGCUGAAAGGUUAGUUUUCAGAUGUUUUGUCACCAAACGUUUCGUUUUGAAGCUUCGUCGGAGGCUCACUGAUGAUGUUACCUAGAAUGGUGGUGAAAUGUCUGAAAACUAACCUUCCAGCUCAGCGAGCAAACUCACAUCCAGAACCUCAACCUGAGCUAUAAAUCUUCUCAAAACUCGCUGGUGAAGAAAUUAUCUUGUAUAACUGAAAAUAUAUACUGUUGAUGAAAAACUGGGGGGCAUAUCCGCAAAGAAUGCGGCCCCAUUUAAUUUGUGUUUAAAUUGAUUAUUGAUGUUUUAAAAGUGCAAAACUGUGACAAGGUGUAUUAGAUUAAAGCAAUAAUGAACGCAAAACUAGCAUCAGUACAGGUUCUUACACAAUAAAAUCCUGUAUGUUUUGUGAUAACUUUGAAUCUAAAAAUCUAAAAUCCAAACAUCUUUGAGUUCAUUAUUGUGGAAUACAUCUAUAUUAAUAUGUUGUCUAGUUUACAUACUAUAAUGUAUAAAAUGCAAGGAUUAACAUAUAUUCUUGUACUGUUAACAGUGAAUAGAGAUCAUGGACACAUGUAGCUCCUAAGGUGAAUUCCAGAGAUGGUUCAAUAAAUUAGAGUCACAGGCAAAGUUACCUUUGCUUCUUCCUUUAAUGAACAUCAUCACUGUGAUAUUUACCUUAGUGACAGCCUCAGUAAUGUUGUGCAGGCAUUAUUUUCAUAGGCACAUGUAAUCUUUUGCUGCUAUUCAUCAACUAGAUGUGGAAUGUGUUAUGUAACCACUUUAACUGAAGGCAGCAGUUUGUAUUUGCAAAUGGCAAUUGCCAUGUCUCUAACGCUGAUAAUUUUUUUGAUUGUUGUUUUUAAAAAGACAAGCAUAAGAGUGCCAAUUUUAAGAAUUUAUUGUGAGCUUCAAGUGCUUCUACUUUUUGUUACCUAAAUUUGAUACGUUGUUUUAAGUCAGUUGUGAAAUUUCAAACUCUAGCCAAAUGGACAGACUGCAUUUCUUUCUAGUUUCUUGAGCAGUUGAAAUGUGAAAGUGGGGUAGUAUGAAAAACAAAUCUUUAGGUUUCUUUUUGGUAAACAUUUUACCUAUAUAUUUCUAUUGUGCUUUCUCUGUCUUAUUUGGUCUAAAUUUCUUUUUGCUUAUUUCUAGCUUAAUGGAAUCUGAACAUGCUGGGUGUAUCAUUAUAUUAAGAACAAACUGACAUGACUUUGAUAUUUGGAAUGCUACAAAACACUGCCUGACUAAUAUAUUUUAUCACUGUGGGAAUGAUUUAAGAUACAUUUUAUUCUUUGUGGUGAUGAAUAUCCUAAUGAUUUACAACAAUUGAUUCAUGUGAAUGGAUACCUAUAUACAAAGAAGCUAGAAAAUUAUUUAGUCUGUCCUAAAUGCCAGUACGGUAUUAAUUUUGUUAUGUAGAAUGUAAAAUAAUCUUAUUGCUGUGAAAUUGAUACAUUUUGGUACAAUGUGCUGCUUUUUUAUUUUCAGCAAACUCAUUUAGCUUUGUAAAUGCAAAAAAAGAAAUAGGUAAAUGAUUUCAAUCAUUUCUAGUGGCACAUUUUGCGGUUUGUCAGUAAAUUGUUUUCUCCUGUUAAAACAUGUGAGGUGUUUAUGUAUGAUACAAUGACUUUUUGGAAUAUUAAAACUAUAUUGUAGAAUCA